AAACUUAUUAAAUAGAAGGAUAUGUGACAAAACAACAGUAGUGUUAUGGGGAAAAUCUUCUCUAUUUUCCAGCGUCAGUCUCUGGGGGAACAGCUGGAAGAAACUGAAAAUAAUAUCAAUGCAGUUCGGAAAAACCGAUACCAAAGUCAACAACGUCAGAAAAGAAUUGUUGCUUCAGUAACUCUAUGGACGCUUCUACUGUAUUCACUUUCUGCUGCUUCUGUUUUUGCGUAUUAUUUUCCUUCUUCUUGGAAAAUGCGCGUCGUUUAUGCGCUUCCUCUUUGUUUUGGCCCGGUUUUGGCAUAUGUGUUGCGUAGAAUAAUCAUGCUUUACUUCACCAGCCGAAUCAAGAGCUCUGAUGAAGUGUUACGCAGCUUAAUUGAGAAGAAAAAAGCUCUGCUGGAGCAGGUGAGAGAGAAGGAAAGCUAUAAGAAGGCAAAAGAAAUCCUGGAGAAAUAUGACCCCGAGGUGAUCAAAUUCAAGAAUGUACAUGUGCAUUUUGAGUUCAGUUCAAGUUCAUUUGUUAAAAGGUAG